CCUUCCGUACCCUUACGUCAUUUCCGGUUCACUUGCUGGCACUGGGAGAGAUGCACUGCACAUUAAUACAGCCUCAUUUGUGAAUCAACAACGCCAAAAUGCCAUCAACAUGCGCGUUGGUCAGGUAAUCCAUAUGAAAAUAUGAAAGAUAAGCAAAUUGCAUUGUAAGGACAGUGCCCACCCCAGCGCAAGGGGAGAGCCAUGUGUGCAUGCAAGCUAGACUUGUCUCCUUCGGGAUCCACUCCAGCACUCUGUGAACUUGAAGAUCUCCUAACUCUUGUGUCCAUGGCGUCCUACCAAGGGGAUUCCCCCAGUGAGGGCGACCUAUAUGCUCAGUUGGCUCAGAAAGAGCAAGACCUGAUCCUUGCAGCUGAGCUUGGGAAGGCUUUGCUGGACAAAAAUCUCGAACUCUCGACCAGGAAUGAACAGCUACUGGAAGAGUACUCCUCGAAGAUAGAGGAACUGGAGCAGGAACGGCAUGAGCUGCAUCUGCGUCUGGAGAAGAUCGAGGCAGAGUAUGAGAACACCGUGAAGGAGCUGCAGUAUGACAUCGGCUACCUGCGCCACGAGCUGCAGUCGAGCAAGCAGCAGGAGCAGACGGGUGACAGGGAGCGCUCACAGACCAUCCGCAGCCUCAAGCAGCAGAAUGAGAGACUCAACGAACAGCUCAAACAGUCUGCGUACCGUGAGGAGGAGUUGGGGGAGGAGGUGCAGACUCUGAGGGAGCAGAUGAUGUCGAAACGGACGUCGAUGCACGAACAUGUCAUCCACCUGGAGAUUCUCCGGGAAGAGAAAAACCAAAUCCAGGAGAAAUGCCAUGAGGUGGAGAAGCGGAUCGGGAUGCUGACCGAAGAGCGUGACGCCCUGGCCUGUAGUCUGGAGGAGUCCCACGACCGCAUCAUGAUGCUGGAGAGACAAAAGCAGGAGAAGGAUCAACAGCUCCACCAGCAGCAGCGGGAGGUGAUGGAGCUCCAGGAGGCCAACGCCCAGCUCCAGGCACAGGUGGAACAUUUGUCUCAGCAGAGUCAGUCCAGCUCCACCGGGCCCUCCAUGAACCUGUUCAGCGAGCUCACUGCCAUGUCGCCCGGCUUCGAGAAUUCCCUACACAGCGAGAUGCGGGAAGAUCACCCUCUCAACCCAUGGCACCGCAGCAUGUCGGCAGAGAUGCUGGAUGAAGACGACUAUGAGUGUGAUGAUGAUGACGACCAGUUCGAGAUGGCGAUGCUGGCCAACUCCACAAUAUCGAACGAGAGCAGCUUCCUAACAGAGUUCCAGGAGGCCACGGCCACCUCAUCCAGCAGAGAGGAGGAGACAGAGCUGCGCACCGAGGUGAUCGGGACGUACAAGCAGCUACAGAAGAUGCUGAGAGUCAUCAAGGGGGAGAGCACCUGUUCCAAUGACUCCUCAGAUGAGGAUGCUGGGGCCCACGGAGGACAGGCCGGCAAACUGGGCGACUGUCUACAUGAUCUACAGCAGCUGAUGCAGGACAUGAUGAGCAUGCAUAUGGACCAAAGUGACUACUCCUAUGGGGGAGCCACAGCGUCGGCGUCAGCGUCUAUGGUGUCAUCGCUAUCCAUGGACUGCAUGGAGAAGUCUAUCAGCGACCUUCACGUGGAGCUGAUGACGGCGCAGCGUGACCUGAACAAGGUGCAGCAGGAGUGUGCCACUCGAGAUGCGCAGCUCAUGCAGAAGAGUGCGGAGUUUGCUGCCAUGGCCCAGAAGUAUCACCCGGGGGCCAUGCUGGCUCACUGCUGCUUCCCUUGGAUGGCCAAGUUAAAGAUCAAACUGGCUCCGCUGAUGGUGUGUUACCUGCUGCAGGAGCAGCAGGACCGCCUGGUACAGCUGCAGCGUGAGCGGGACCAGCUGCAGGACUCCAUGAUGGGCGACAUCUCCAAGGACAACAUCCUGCAACAGACCAGGAAGGACCGAGACCUCGCCAUGGAGAAAGGACAUCAGCUGGAGGUGGAACUUGCCAAGUCCAAAAUGGAUCUAAUGACUCUCAACCAGCAGCUGGUGGGCGCCAUCAAGCAGAAGGUGACUCUCUCACAGGAGCUUGAUCAGUGGCAGAUCAUGUGGACGACUUCUACCUCAACGGACAUGGAGCAUCUCCUCCACUACCAGAAGAAGGAGACAGUGGAACAGUCGCAGAACGAGAAGGAAGCGGAGGCCGAAGAGGAUGAUGAUGAGCUAGAGGAAGAACAUAUGAAGAAAUCCACUUCUGCUAGCUCCUUCUUCGCUGGGAAGAAGUCAUGACAUCAUCGCUGUGUGGACUCCAGGUCCAUGGUGUGGCUGGAUGAUGAAGUGGUGUUUGUGUUACAGCCGGGGGAAGUACUUCAUCAGUAGGCAGCCAGUGGCGUUUGUGUUACCAUGGUUACACAUGGGGAAGUAUUUCAUCAGUAGACAGCCAGAAAGUGGAUGGUCAGCAAUCUGUGGUCAGCCAGAUGUCUUCAGUAGGGAGGUACAGGAUGUAUUUCCCUACUUCGUGGUUUACAUCAUCAGUAGUGUGGAAAGACCUUUGAACUUGUCAUCAGUGUCAUUAGUUGAUGUGAAGUUUGUCAUCAUUUAUUGGGAUCUCGUGUCUAUAGUAAUAUUAUCAUGAUUAUGGAGCUAGAUACCAUUCAGUAGUGGAUGUAUUUGUUAUGACACUUGUCUGUGACUCGUGUCAAGAUUUAGAUUACAGUUUCAUAUUCAGCAACAUUACAUCAGGUGUAUUUUCAUUACUAAAAAUAUGAGUGUAAAAGAGUCAACUUGGAUAUGAGCUCAAAUAUAUGAACUGCAUGAUAAUGUGAAUUGUAGGCAUCCCAGGGCUGCUCUUUGUGAGCAAGACAAGGACGGUGACUAUGACUUGACUAUCCAACCCUAUUACCAGCAGCGCUUGUGUAUGUGAGGAAUGUAAGCUUCAGUGUCUGCAAACAAACAUUCAGGUGUCCCAGGAAUAACUGUCAGUUCAGGGCAAUAUUACAUUGUAAUUCUGCACUGAUCUAGCCACUUAGUUUUGAAUAUGGUUUAUUAUGUAUACUGAAUUUAAAAUUUAAGGAAAUCAAAA